AUGGCAUUGAGAACUAUCAGUGUCCCGAAAAUUCGUCAACCUACAUUAAAAACGGGGGAUAAAUACGCUAAUGAGAAAUGGUUUUUCAUAAAUGGUGUGCUAGUAGAUAGCGGGUGGUUAGAUGAAAAUUGCAAAUAUCUGGAAAAACGUUUUGAUAGGAGUGUUACAGGAAUUCAUAAUGAAAGUUUUGGUAUUCUCUGGGACUUUGUAGAAACAAUCUUUAUGAGAAGUUUUGAUAUUAAUGUCAUGCAGGUGCAUUUUGCUACACAAAAUAUUCUUCCGGCACUUAAGAAUGAAACAAUUGAUAUUGUUCGGUUGAUUGCACAUUCUGAAGUUGCUAUGAUAGGUGUUCUUAGUAAUAUUAACAACGACCAUUUUCAAGGAGAGAUUUUUGUUAAUGAAACAAGGAAUGAAGGUAAAGGUCAUAUGCUAAAUACGUUCUAUAGCCUUAGUGCUGGUGAUUAUAAAUCUUGGAGAUCCAAUGACUCCCUUCCUACGUUAUUAAACCUCCCCGG